AUGACUACCAAGCUUACCUUAGUUAGGUGUCAUCCAUCAGAAACCCCCGCCGGAAGUAACUUUGCUCAAUUAUGCCCUGACAAGGACAACACCUUCCUUGCCGAAUAUCAGCAAUAUGCUGAAUUAAUCUUCCCUGCAAAUGAGCGCAACCCACUCCUUGAAGAUGUCACAGGGGAAGAUGAGACUAAGGAGCUUGAGCGAUGCGAUGGUGGUGGAGAAGCCAGCGAAGCACUGGCAGAAGAAAAUGGAGAGGAUACUGGAGAGAACGACAAAGGAUCGGCUGAUAAUUCCAUGGACUGGGAUUGUCCAGGCUUGGCUAGUUCCUCGACCGGACUCAGUGAUGCAUCAAUUACACGCUUUUGUAACACAGAAGCCAGCAUCAGUGAUGCACCACUUGAUCAUUCUGGAUUCUAUUCUGAGGCACAAUCUGAUGCAUCACUCGAACAGGCCCCCAAUGCAUCACUUGCACAGGCCCUGCCUGAUGUAUCACUGGAUUGGCAGGUGCCAUCCUUUUCCCAUGCCGAACUUAUGUCGAUGGCACCCUCGUUCACUGACAAUACUAUUGAGGGGUUCUAUGAUGCACAAUACAACACACACACUUGGAAUCACGGUACCCUUGAUUCACAGAGCACAACCACACCUGAGCAGGAUGGUGUUGACGUCCUUCCUCAAUUUACUAGUCAGGAUCCCAUUCUUCCAGCAGCAAAUCUUCCUUCUCCAAACGAGGGUGUGCAAGAUCUUGCCGAGGCUCACACUGGCACUGGGCUUGCUAAGUCUAAGCGCAAGUGUAAGCCAAAGCCUUCAGCUGCCAAAGUCAAAGGCAAUCCCACCAUGGAUCCCACCCCUGCCAUCGCACCUGCCAUCACAUCCGCGAACGCGGCUAAACCCAAAGUACAACCUCUUGCCAAGUCUGGUAUGAUAAUGGAGAUAUCACACGCUGCCGCAACUGCCCUCGAUACCGCCACUACGACACAGAAUCCCAGGCCUGCAGUCAAUUCUGGAGCAGCUCCACGUGCUUCCAAACGUGUUCCGAUCAAAUUGAGGCGGAAUGAAAUCGCUGAUGCCAUUGGGUUGGGUGGAACAUCGACAAAGCGUCCCAAUAACGCAACUACGGAGGGUAUGAUUCCUACCAAGAAAAUACAUACGAAGGCAUGA